UUCUUUCUUUCCCAACUUUCUUUGGAUAACUGCUGCACUGGCAUAACCUUUCUGGUUGCUGGAAGAGAGGAGGAAUGUCUACUUUCUCUUGCUGUGUUGUUUACUCUUUCUUUGAUCCUUCUUUGACAUUCUGUCUAUCGGAAGUGUUGACCUGUGUGCUCUGCUAGUGGGCAGGUUUGUGAAACUGAUAAGUGUUUGAUCUCUGCUGCAGCUCAGAAUGAAAUAGUACCAAGAUAAAGAGGAAGUUGUUUUAUGGAUGAAUACUGUAGGGCCCUACCACAAUCGCCAAGAAACAUACAAAUACUUCUCUCUUCCCUUCUGCGUGGGAUCAAAAAAAAGCAUCAGCCAUUACCAUGAAACCCUAGGGGAAGCACUUCAAGGAGUUGAAUUGGAAUUUAGUGGUCUCGACAUCAAAUUUAAAGACGAUGUAAUGCAGACUACUUACUGUGAAGUUGACUUGGACAAAGGAAGAAGAGAUGCAUUUGUGUAUGCUAUCAAAAAUCACUAUUGGUACCAGAUGUAUAUUGAUGACUUGCCAAUAUGGGGGAUUGUUGGAGAAGCAGAUGAAAAUGGAGAAGAUUAUUACCUUUGGACUUACAAAAAACUUGAAAUUGGUUACAAUGGAAAUAGAAUUGUAGAUGUCAAUCUGACCAGUGAAGGAAAGGUGAAAUUGGUACCAAACACAAAAAUCCAGAUGUCAUAUUCAGUGAAAUGGAAGAAAUCAGAUGUGAAGUUCGAAGACCGAUUUGACAAAUAUCUUGACCCAUCUUUCUUUCAGCACAGAAUUCACUGGUUUUCAAUUUUCAAUUCUUUUAUGAUGGUGAUCUUUCUGGUUGGCUUAGUGUCUAUGAUAUUAAUGAGAACUUUGCGAAAAGAUUAUGCAAGAUACAGCAAGGAGGAAGAAAUGGAUGAUAUGGACAGAGAUCUAGGUGAUGAGUAUGGGUGGAAGCAGGUCCAUGGAGAUGUGUUUAGACCAUCCAGUCAUCCUCUAAUAUUUUCAUCGCUUAUUGGUUCUGGCUGUCAAAUUUUUGCUGUGUCUCUUAUAGUCAUUGUUGUUGCAAUGAUAGAAGAUUUAUACACAGAGAGAGGAUCAAUGCUUAGCACAGCUAUAUUUGUUUAUGCUGCGACAUCGCCAGUGAAUGGAUAUUUUGGAGGAAGCCUUUAUGCUAGACAAGGAGGAAGGCGAUGGAUAAAGCAGAUGUUCAUCGGAGCCUUCCUCAUUCCAGCAAUGGUGUGUGGAACUGCCUUCUUCAUUAACUUCAUUGCCAUCUAUUAUCAUGCUUCAAGAGCUAUACCAUUUGGAACCAUGGUGGCAGUGUGCUGUAUUUGUUUCUUCGUCAUCCUUCCACUGAACCUGGUUGGUACGAUUCUUGGCCGAAAUCUGUCAGGACAGCCUAAUUUUCCAUGUCGUGUCAAUGCAGUGCCUCGUCCCAUACCAGAGAAGAAAUGGUUCAUGGAACCAGCUGUUAUUGUUUGCCUGGGUGGAAUCCUCCCUUUUGGAUCAAUUUUUAUUGAAAUGUAUUUCAUUUUUACUUCAUUCUGGGCUUACAAGAUCUACUACGUUUAUGGCUUUAUGAUGUUGGUUCUGGUUAUCCUCUGCAUUGUGACAGUUUGUGUGACUAUUGUUUGUACGUAUUUCCUGCUAAACGCAGAGGAUUACAGGUGGCAAUGGACGAGCUUUCUUUCUGCGGCAUCCACUGCGAUUUAUGUUUACAUGUACUCCUUUUACUACUACUUUUUCAAGACAAAGAUGUAUGGCUUGUUUCAGACAUCAUUUUACUUUGGUUAUAUGGCAGUAUUUAGCACAGCUUUGGGAAUAAUGUGUGGAGCCAUUGGUUACAUGGGAACAAGUGCCUUUGUUCGUAAAAUCUACACUAAUGUGAAAAUUGACUAAGGAAAUAAGAAAAUUGAACUAUGGAUCAGUUCCUCUUUUCCUGGGGAUGAACUUGCACAGCAAAAAGCGCGAGAAGAGAUUUGGGUUUUAACACUGGGCACUAUUUGGGUCUCCAUUUUGUGGAUGGCUUAAAGUAACAUCUAUUCCAUUGAUCCUAGGUUCUUACUGACUGCUUUCUCCAACUGUUCACAGCAAAUGCUUGGAUUAUAUGCAGUAGGCAUUACUACAGUACGUGGCUAAUCUUCCCCGCCCACCCCCCCAAAAAAAACCAACAUCAAAAAACAAAAAACCUAGCUCAUUAAAGAUGAAUAGACUAGCUCUCUUCAGUGAAGAGGACAAACGGUUUAUUUAAAGCAUUUGUUCCAUUCAGUAAAAAGAGGGAAACUUGGCUGCUAAAACUACUUGAUUAGUAGUCUUCCUGGUACUUAACAUUUCUAAAUUAUGUAAAAAUACCGUUCCAGAAAGAUUACUCUUCUGAUUUUUACUGCCAUUGACCGGAUAGGAGGUAUGUUUUAUAUUUUGACUCCAGGUGCUUUUUGGUUUAUUUGCGAUAUCAACUACCCUACAUUCAUUUGUUUAAAAAAAAAUUAAAAAUAUAUAAAAAACCCAUAUGCAUGUAAUAUAUCAGCUGUUGUUCUAGUUGGACCAACUUCCCUUUAUUUAUCUUUAAAGUAAUAUCCAGCUACAUCUUAAAUCCAUCCAAAGAAAAUACAGUCUGAAGACGGAGUGUGAUCUCUGCAAUGCAAUUUACUGUACAGUUAGAAAGCAAAAUGUUAAAUGAAAAGGAUUGUUUGUUUUUUAAUGAACACUCUAAGGUCUAGAUUAAAACAAAACCAACAUUUUAACUGAAUGUCUAAAGUGAUUCUCCUUUUUUCCAAGUUAGUCUUGCAUUUUUUUUGGGUUUGGGUUGAAUGAAGAUUUUCCUUUAGACAUCAUACAAGGGGUAAUAAGUGUAUAUAACAUUAAAUAAUGUAACUUAGGUGUAGAUCCCAAAUGUAUUUGGAUGUACAGAUUUACUACAGAGUACUUUUCUGAUGAUUCGGUGUAAAAAUGUGUGAAUUCGGGUGGCUUUUUACAUCUUGCCUGCCAUUGCAUGAAAAUUUGGGGUUUCUUCACAAUGUGUGUAUGUCAUGCUUUUCUGUUCUAUUUCUUUUCUCAAGCUCUUACAGGAAUUAAAUUUGUAAUUUAGAACAUUUUAAUUUUUGUUAAUCCUAUCUGAACACUUGUGUAACAUCAAAAGCACAGUUGCUUUAGAGUGUUCAGAAAACUAAAAUAAACUUUUCAGACAAAAAUGUAUUGAUUGUGAAAAUAGAUGAGUUUGCAAUUGAAAAUGUUUGAAAAGGGAUUACUGCUGAAUGCCAGUUUCUGUAUACAGUAUAAGUGUGGUUUUCAUCUAUCCAACCCCCCUGCUUUGAAUUCAGAAUUUGCUUACAACUAUAUUGUACAGUAUAACUCCAAAGUGAAUGAUCAACCCAAAAAGAUUCUUCUUGGCUGUGGAGAAAUCUGUUUUGUGAUACAGCCAGUGUACUGGGAAAAGUUGGGGUAAGUGUGGACUAAAAUAAAUGGGCAAAUAAAGGUUUAAGUCUUUA